AUGCAUAAUUUAGAUGUUAUAAAUUUAUUAGAAAAUUAUGUUUUGGAUUUUAUUUUUAAGUUACUAGACAAAAAAAAAAAAAAAUUUUUAUUAAAAGGUAGAAUUAUAGAGAUAACAAGAUUAAUUUAUACAAUUGAAAUUAUAUUAAGAAACCUAUAUGAAAAUACAUAUACAACAUUAAGGCAAAUAUUUUAUACGAAUUCACAACUGUUUAUAUCACAAAAUGUUUCAAAUAGAACAAUUGGAAAAUUAACGAAAAUUAUAAAAAAGCCAAGGGAAUUAUUAAAUAUAUAUAAUUCACCUAAGGGAAUAAUUAGAGGAAAUAUUUUACUAAAGGAAAAAAAUUUAAGUCAAUGGGCUGAUUGCAUGAAUAUUUUUGAAACAAGAGGGCAUUUGAUAUGUCCUUUUGGUGUAUCAGAUUUAAUUAUUUCUCAAAAUGUUAAAUAUGUUCUUGUAAUAGAGAAAGAAACAAUUUUUUUUAAAUUACUUCAAUCUAAUUUUAUAAGCAAAUACGGUCCAUCAAUUCUAAUUACAGCUAAAGGAUUUCCUGAUAUAAAUACAAGACAGCUUAUAUUUGAGAUUCAUAGAAGAAACAAAAAUCUCAAAUUUUUUUGUUUAACUGAUUAUGAUGCUCAUGGGCUCAGCAUAGCUUUCACAUAUUCCUCUAAAUAUGAAUCAAAAGUUUAUUAUGUUGAUGAUAUAUCAAUUAACAAUUUGUAUUGGUUAAAUCUGUUUACGCCUGAUGAAGCGAUUGAAAAAAAUGUUUUAAAAAAAAUAGAUCUAUAUAAUUUAACAUUAAAAGAUAUUCGAAUUUUGGAUAAUAUUUGUAAUAAUUUAAAAAAAAGAAAUAAUAAAUGUCAUAUAGCUGAAUUUAAUAGAUGGAUAGAGUAUGCUACCAAUAUGAAAGCAUUUGGAGUAAAAUAUGAAAUAGAUAACAUUAUUGAUAUUGAAAAGCACAUAAACAUGAGAAUUAAAGAACUUUUAUAA